AUGAGGACGAAGAACAUUGAGGGAGGAGCAUCUCAUAAAGGUUCUCGGGCCCCGAAGACCACAGUUGCAAAGGGUACGAAAGAUAACUCUUCAGUGGCUUCCUCAAGCUCAAAACAACGGAAGCCAGGAAACGAAUAUCGGGUCCUAUGGCUAGUGGGGUGUUCAGGAGGGUGUGGAAACAACGACAAGUGUGCUGAAUGGUAUAACGUAGGAAUGCACGACACGGUGAAAGCAAAGGUAAAGAAGCUGGGACAGGCCAUUACUUGUGGCCUUAGCGGAGAGAUGGUGGGACACUACCCACACCUUCCAUUUCGAUGA